AUGCGUGUCCUUCAAAUCGCUCGUCGUCUCGCGGCCGCUCGUGCACUGCCCUCAACUUUUCGUCUGGUUCCUCGCACUGCUACUUCUUUUGCUCCAUUCUUAAGCAACUCGCUAAUCGCCACUCAACAACCAUUUCGGACAUUUGCUACAGAUAACGACGAUUUCUUCCUUGAAGAUGAGGAAGAAGACUCGUAUGUGCAGUAUCCAUCCGUUGCUGCUCGUGUACAACAUCGAGCACCACAAUUUACUGCUCCAGCUGUCGUCAAUGGUGAUAUUACGGACUUGUCACUAGACACGUACCGCGGUCAGUAUGUGGUCUUGUUUUUCUAUCCAAAAGACUUUACGUACGUGUGUCCUACUGAGAUCAUUGCUUUUAAUGACCGCGCUAAAGACUUUCAAGCACUCAAUACGCAGCUUAUUGCUGUUUCGUGUGACUCUCCUGAAAGUCAUUUGGCUUGGACACGUCUACCACGCAAUAAGGGCGGGCUGGGUACGAUGGAGAUUCCCAUUGUCUCCGAUAUCACUAAGGUAAUCUCGGCAAAGUACGGUGUCCUUGUUGAGCAAGCUGGUGUGGCUCUACGUGGUCUCUUUAUUAUGGACAAAGAAGGUGUGCUUCAACAGAUUACUAUUAACAAUAUGCCCAUUGGUCGAAGUGUGGACGAGACCUUGCGUCUCAUUCAAGCUUUGCAGUUUGUUGAAGAACAUGGCGAAGUUUGUCCAGCGAAUUGGCAACCUGGUGCUAAGACAAUCAAAGCUACACCAACACACAGUCAUGAGUACUUUUCGACUUUUAAUGCGUUGAUCAAGAGCGGCAAGCCUGUCGUGGUGGAUUUUAUGGCCCCGUGGUGCGGUAAAUGUGCACAAAUUGCCCCAUUCGUUGCUGAUCUGGCCAAGACUCAUCCAGAAGUGACAUUUGCUAAACUAGACGUGUCGAUUCCAGAGAUUGAAAAGCUGAAGGAUGAACUUGAAGUCGGAGUGUACCCCGAGUUUCGCUUUUAUAAGGGCGGCAAAGAAGUCCAUGAAAAGAUCACGGGCUAUAAGAAGUCGCUGUUGAAAAAGGCGGUCCAGUCGCUGCUUUAA